UUUCAGUGAUUCAAUUAGAAUUGCCUAAAAGUUGUAAAUCCACAUCACAAGUCUUCUGCUCAUCUCCAAACCAAGCAAAUCAACAUCACAACUUGUCUCCAAAACAAGCAAAUGGCUACAAAGCCAUGCCUUCCCUGGUACUCCAAAUCAUUUUCACCUGGUCUCCUAAAAUGACAGAAGCAGCUAUUAUCUCUGAGCUUAAACCGCCCUCCUCUGCUCGUAAAAGAAGAGCCAAUGCUAAAGAUUUGUGGGCCAAAUUGGACAAUCUAUCAUAUCCCAAAGGAAGAGUUGGUGAUGAAUUGCAAAUUCUGAGGGAGGUAAAUAAGAAGAAGAAGUGUAGUAAACUGCAUGGGUACAGAGGCAUAAAGCAACGCCCCUGGGGAAAGUGGGCUGCAGAGAUUAGAGACCCCAUUAAGGGAAUGAGGAUCUGGCUCGGUACUUUUAGUACUUCGGAGGAUGCAGCCAGAGCUUAUGAUCGAGAAGCUUUUAAGAUCAGAGGAGCCCAAGCCAAGCUCAAUUUCCCCACAACAGAGCCACCAUCAAAUUUGGAUAAUAGUCUAAAUUCAAUGCAGAUUCUGGCGGAGGUUGAAGCAAGGUUGCCACCAACAAAUAUAGAAAGUGAUCUGAAAUCAAAAGAAACUCUAGAGGACAUUGAAGGCACCCCAAGUUUUUUGAAGGCAUCGAUGGAGGAUUAUCUUCAAUAUUUGGAGGCAGUGCUGGAGCUGAAGCCUGAGAUCCCAUCUACAACAGCUUCUACUUCAGACCUUAAUUUUUUCGAUUGGGUUGAAGAUGAGAACAAAAGCUCUGGUUUACUCUGGGAAACGGCCCAUGAAAUGGAUUAUAGGGAGGAAGACAAAAACCUGUUUGGGGUAGAGGAUGAUGAGUGGAUAUUGAAUUCGUGCAAGGCUGCAGGGGUGUUGGGUAUGUAUAACUGUCCUCAACAGGUAAGCAUGGAUUUGCUUUGCCAAAGUCCUCUGUAUGGCUGGGAUAGUGUUGAAGACGACGGCUUGUGGCAUUCCAGCUUAUGACAUCUGAUUUUAUAGAUAGUCUGUAAUAAUGUUGUAUAUAGAUAACUGUUAAAUGCUUUUGCUUCCUUGUGAAAUAUGGUUUAUGUUCAUUGCGAGCUCAUAUCUAGAAGAUAAUUAGGUUAAGGUGAACCAUUAUUAGGCACCCUCUCAUAGGGUUGUACACAAACAAGUUUUUAUUGUAUAUUUGGGAUUCACAAUUUCAUUGUAUCAUUAUUAAA